UGUUUACUAUAAAAAGGAAACAAUCUUUAUUGAUCAUCAAUGUGCGUGAGAACUAAUUGAGGGAAUUUGCCCCUGCAGUUUUUCUUUCGUCUUCAUCGUCGUCUAGCUCCGGUAAAUGGCAGCGCGCGAAUCCCAUGCCUCUUGGCCGAGAGCUCAGCUGCUGUUCUUCUUCAUCCUUCCUCUGCUCCUCUUGCAAGGGAGGGUUGCAGCUCAAGCCAACGCUACAGAUCCAAACGAAGUUUUGGCACUGAACACUAUCCUAGGGAGAUGGGGUUGGAGAGCAUCAUCUGCUUGGAAUUUAAGUGGUAACCCAUGCACCGGUGCUGCCAUCGAUCAAACCCCAAUCAGGAAUAUUAACCCUGGAGUCAAAUGCGGCUGCACAUACAACAACAGCAACACCUGUCAUAUCACUCAGUUGUGGGUUUAUGCCUUAAAUGUGCGCGGACCUAUCCCCGAAGAGCUACAAAACCUACCCUACCUCUUUGAUUUAAAUUUAGGGCAAAACUACUUGACUGGAUCUCUGCCAGCUUUCCUAGGGAACUUGACUAAUAUGCAAUACUUAAAUCUAGGUAUUAAUGCCUUAAAUGGGAUAGUACCACCACAACUUGGGAACCUUCGGAGACUCAUCAUAUUGAGUAUUUCAACAAAUAACUUCAGUGGUUCAAUCCCUCCUGAGUUUGGGAAUCUCAUAAACUUAGAACGAUGGUACAUCGAUAGUUCCGGACUUAGUGGUGAGCUACCACAAAAUCUAUCCAAUCUCAAAAAUUUACAGACAGUGUGGGCUUCAGACAAUAAUUUCACCGGAAGAAUACCUGAUUACAUUGGGACAUGGACAAACCUGACAACCUUGAGGUUCCAAGGCAACUCCUUUCAAGGUCCAAUUCCUUCAAGCUUUGCCAGCCUAACUCAAAUGAUUGAUUUGAGAAUAGGUGAUAUCGUGAAUGGGAGCUCUUCAUUAGACUUCAUUGGUAAUAUGACAUCUCUAAGCACCUUGGUACUAAGGAAUAGCAAGAUUUCUGAUACAAUUCCAUCGAGCUUUCAGCGAUACAAUGGAUUAACUUUAUUAGAUUUGAGCUUUAACAACAUAACUGGCCAAGUUCCUCAGUCACUCUUCAAUCUGAGUUCGCUUGCUUUCUUAUUUCUUGGCAACAACAGUCUCUCGGGUUCCUUACCUGUGCAAAAGAGCACUGCACUAGUGAACAUAGAUUUAUCAUACAAUCAGUUAAAUGGAAGCUUUCCAUCUUGGGUUAGCCAAGGAAACUUGCAAUUGAAUUUGGUGGCAAACAAUUUUGUGAUUGAUGAUUCCAGCAGUAGCAACUUGCCUUCAGGGUUGAACUGUCUUCAGCGCAAUAUUCCAUGCCACCUUGGUGCUCCGAUCUAUUCAGACUUUGCGAUCAAGUGUGGUGGCAGUAGAGCAAUAACAUCUUCUGAUAACACUGUCUAUCAAAUUGAUAAUGCAAAUCUCACAACUGCAUCAUACUAUGUGACCGAUACAACCAGAUGGGCUGUUAGCAGUGUUGGGCGCUUUAUGGACGCACCUGCUCCAGCUUAUGUGAUGACCAGCCAAUCUCAAUUUCCGAAUACUCUAGACUCAGAAUUGUUUCAGACUGCAAGGUUGUCUCCAUCUUCACUGAGAUACUACGGUCUUGGUCUUCAGAAUGGAAACUAUACCGUUAAACUCCAAUUCGCGGAGACGGAUACUACGUUCCCUGACUCGGCUACUUGGCAAAGCUUGGGUAGAAGGCUCUUCGAUAUUUACAUUCAGAAUGAUCAAAAAGAGAGAGAUUUUGAUAUAAAAAAGCAGGCUGGCGGCAGAUCCCUUGUAGCUGUAUCAAGGGAGUACACUGUUCCAGUGACAGAUAAUUUCCUCGAAAUUCACUUCUUUUGGUCCGGCAAGGGUACCUGCUGUGUACAAACACAAGGAUACUAUGGCCCAUUGAUUUCAGCUAUAAGUGUCUCUCCUGCCGACUUCACUCCUACCGUAUCAAACAGACUGCCGAGUUCAAAGAAAAACCGUGCCGGUUUGAUUGCGGGUAUUUCAGUUGGAAUUCUUGUUCUAGGAUUGUUGGCUCUAUGUGGAAUUAUUUUCAUCAGACAGAGAAAAAGAAGAUUAAAUGAGGAAGCAGUGUUAACAGGACUAGAUGUGAAACCUUUCAUCUUCAGUUAUGCCGAGCUAAGGGCUGCGACUGAUGACUUCAGUUCCUCUAACAUAUUGGGGGAGGGAGGAUUCGGCCCGGUGUUUAAGGGGCUACUGCCUGAUGGAAGAGCAAUAGGUGUCAAGCAACUCGCAACGACAUCUCAUCAAGGAAGGGGCCAGUUCUUAACUGAGAUUGCCACUAUAUCCGCAGUGCAGCACCGUAAUCUCGUAAAGUUGUAUGGCUGCUGUGUCGAGGAAGAUAAGAGAAUUUUGGUCUAUGAGUACCUGGAAAACAAGAGUCUAGACCAAGCAAUUUUUGGGAAAAGCAGUUUGCAUCUCGACUGGCCGAAGCGAUUCGAUGUAUUGAUCGGGGUAGCAAGAGGUUUAGCCUAUCUGCACGAGGAGUCGAGAGUGCGGAUUGUGCACAGAGACGUGAAGGCUAGUAAUAUUCUACUUGAUGCUGAUCUCAACCCAAAAAUCUCAGAUUUUGGUUUGGCGAAGCUCUACGACGACAAGAUGACUCACAUUAACACAAGGGUUGCUGGCACAAUUGGCUAUUUGGCACCCGAGUACGCGAUGAGGGGGCAUCUAACAGAGAAAGCUGAUGUUUUUGCUUAUGGAGUGCUGGCUUUGGAGAUCGUCAGCGGAAGACCGAACUCCGACGAAAGCCUAGAGCAUGACAAGGUUUAUCUUCUAGAAUGGGCUUGGACUCUACAUGACAAGAAGCUUGAACUGGAGUUAACUGAUCCAAGGCUAACAUCAUGCAAUGAGAUCGAGAUUCGCCGUGUCAUUGGUAUAGCUCUGCUUUGCACCCAGGGGUCGCCCGUGCAUCGGCCACCGAUGUCGAGGGUAGUGGCUAUGCUAGUAGGAGAUGCUGAAGUAGCAGAUGUCACCUCGAGGCCUAGCUACUUGACUGACUGGCAAUUCAAGGAUGGAACCAGCAGCUUCACAGCCAACUACUUCGACUCUUCAGCCCAAAGAUCUGAAAAUAAUUUUGCAUCUAAUGCGGAAACAAUGGUUAACAUGGAAAGCAGGCCUUUGUCCUCGGAAUUGUAUGCAAACACUGGCAUUGAGGAGGGAAGAUGAUUCUUCGUUACCGGGGAAGUAUAUGUACAGUUUAGAGAUUUGUAAAUGCGAGAGUGCCAUGAGACUUUGGUCGUUAGUAUCGGUAUUGUGUUUGUGCCUUUAUAUUUGUUGAGAAUCAUAUCCUCAUUCUGUAAAGAUAGUUUGUGAGUUCAUGUUUGUUAAAUGGAUGUUUACAUUGUCAGAUUUCAUAAAAUUUGGGGUAUGUUCCUUCCCAAAGUAUUUCGCAA